GGACGCUUUUGCUGUGGACGAAACGACAUUAAGAAACUCGACAGGAAAAUUUGCAAGCAUUUCUGGAUGGACAGUUAGUUUCAAAGGAAAGCAACUGAUUAUUUAUUUGUCGGUUGCAAUGGCAACUUCUUUCGGAUAGGGCGCACUUUGGCAGCCACAGUCACAAUUCAUCCGCUUUUUCCUUCACAGCCAUGUUGCUCGCCAUUCUCGCUCGUCGCGCAUCCUUCCUCGUCAUGACUGGUGUCAAACGAUCUAGACCCCCAUCGGCCGAGGUCCACGAACGGACCAUUUCAAAGGUACAUUCUUCCUCUUCCGAAGACGAUACCGUUGUCACUACCACCAAAAAGCCAAAGACCAAGAAGAAAGUCUGGGAGCCCUUUGAUCCCACUGUGCCGCGUAAUAUGACGAUGCCCGAAACCUUUUCAUUCCCGGCAAAACCGGAAGGCAGCAUCACUAUUGCUUCAUACAACGUGUCAAGCAUCAAUGCGAGCAUUAAAAAGGGCUUCAACCGCUAUGUCGAUGCGGAAAAUGCCGAUAUUCUUUGCUUGCAGGAAACCAAGGUCAACAGUCCUGUUCCUUCGGCCGUCAACGAAGAAGUGUAUAAAUACCGAUAUUGGGCCUUUGAAGAAAAGAAAGGCUAUGCCGGAACCGCCGUAUUCUCAAAGUACAAACCUGACAAGGUCAGUUACGGUCUCCCAGGUUACGAAGAUAAAUCAAAGGGACGGGUGAUCAGUGUAACCUUUCCCGCUUUUACGCUCGUGGCUUGCUAUGUUCCCAAUGCUGGCCAAAAUCUUAAGAAUCUGCCCGAACGACGCAUUUUCAACGAAUACAUGGAGAAACACAUCCGAUCCCUUCAGAAAGCCGGACAGUCCGUCAUUUGGGCAGGUGAUCUCAAUGUGGCACACACACCAAUUGAUAUUGCCCGACCAUCUACCAAUGAAAGAUCGGCCGGUUUCACAAUCGAGGAGCGACAGGACUUUAGCAAAGUUCUUGCCAAGUCAGAAGAAGGAGACGAACCAGGUUUGAUUGACAGUUGGCGUCACUUUCAUCCGGACACACAAGGUCACUACACUUAUUACUCCUACCGCUUCCGAUGCCGUGAAAAACUCAUUGGAUGGCGCUUGGACUAUUUUGUUGUCACCCCCGAUUUGCUCGACAAGAUCGUUGCCAGUAGUAUUCGUCAAGAAGCAUGGGGUGCCAGUGAUCACGUUCCUCUGGUCCUCACACUCAAAAACAUCUCUCUUUCGACCUAAAUAUAUGACUGUAUGCAAGCUUGAUGCAAAAAAAAAAAAUAAAAAAAAAAU